CUCGGAUUGUUUGCUGCGCCGUGUUUCUGAAAGCACGGAGUUCGGCGAUGUACCUCCACACUGUCCGUCCUGCUCGCUCUCUGUAGUUACCAACGUUACACUCUGGAGACCACUCCGCUUCCUGUUAUAACUUUAGUGGACGCCAGAGGACAUUUGAAAGAGCGGAAUAGUGGAAACACCAUCUUCUUCUUCAGUUGGGGUUAUGAGCAAGGUGUAAAACUCCACAUCUAACGGUAUCUGUAUUCAGUCCACUCUAGGGACACUCUUACAUAAUCAUAAUUGGAGUCAGCCAACAAGCAGAGGCGGUUUCCGGAGCAUGCAUCGGUGGCCUGUUCUGAGUCAAGAUAGGAAUUUGCUGCCUUCUCCACUGUCCUUUGUUUAUCACCCUGUCAUAAGCACUGCUUUCUGUCUUCUUCUGGUUUUGCUUGCCCUUUUGCCACAACUGAACCUCAUUUAUAAUUUCCACUACAUCAGAGCUAGCAUCUGUAAGGCAGGGAAACCCUUACUCAAGGCCAUUUGAAGAAGUCUGAGUUUUAGCCGGAUGCAUCUACAGGAACAAUCUCUCCACUUACACGAUAUAAUGUGCUGAUCUCUGUUACCAGGGCCUACCCUCGCCUGAGAUGUACUGAUGCCAUGCUCAACUGAAUGUGUCAGAUGUGUGCUCACUCAGGCCACAGGAAGAGAAAGGGCACUAUUUAAGAUUCAUCAUGUUCAUCUGCCAGUAGUUUUAGGAUGUGCUAGGGCUUUUUGUCUCCUGUGUUUUUGUUUCUCAUCUUACCAGUUCAUCUAACAGACACAGCAAUAUAUUGACAGCUGCUGCAAUCUAAUGUUCAUUACAGUAUAAUUACAAGAAAUACUUGCAAUGUUCAGUUUUUAGGAGCUGCAUACCAUAAUUCACCAACAAUAGUGCUGUCUGGAUGUCACACCAGCCCAGGUGUGACAACCAACCCCUUUAUGUGUUCUAAUCUUAGCCUAACCAUAACCUUAACAGCGCUUGGUUGGUGCUGCAAUGACUUUGUUGAAGUAAUAAUGAGGUAAGAUCCUCCCUUGCAGUCGUAAUUGUCUGUUAAUGUACACCAGCACACAGUAAAAGCCUUUCACUAGUGGCUCUUCACGUCUGUUGUUGUUUCUGUAGUGAUUUUAUCCUUUUGAGAUAAAAAGUGUAGAAAUACUGUGGAACUGAUUCCGCAACAAAAGGAUCUGCUUUAGAAUUACAUCAAAUAAAUGUUGACUUUGUCACCUAGGUUAGUGACCGAAGAUUAGCGACCAAAGGCUAACAGUUUUGAUUUAGGAGAACUUGCUGAAUUCACCAAUUUUCUUGUAUUUUCUCUUUUUUUCUCAAUUGAAGCUAAAAGGCCAGUUGUUCAGAUAACAGUAUGGCUUUUAUGUGUUAAGAGUAAGAACUGAAAUGCAGGUGUGCAGCGAAACUCAGUAUUACAGUAUUCUCUAAACCGUUCGUGUAAUGACUAGAGAAAGCACUGGCAGAGAACGCAAAAAGCAUGACUCAUGCCAUACAGGCAGUAACUAGGAGGACAGUUGCUUACUUAACAGGCACAGGUUCUGUACACUGGAGAUCCGUCUUAAUAUGGGUAAACAAAUCCGGCAGUUAGUAGGCUAAGGCGAGGUCAGAAACUAGAAAGCACAGUCCAAAAAACCAUAGAUCAAUGUAACACAGGAGACAUGAAAGUACUAGAACUGGCAACGAGAUAGGGGACCAGGAAAACUAAACACUCCUAGGAGGGUGAAUCUAACAAGGAACAGGUGAAGCUAAUAAGACAGGGCGUCAAGUGAGAUCAUCUAACAGGGGAAGGAAGUGAGAUGAUCUGAAACGAGACAGUUGAGUGACAAAGUAAAACCAGGGAACAAAGAAAAUAUGAAUGAAAACAUGAGAACCACAAAAACUUCCCAGGACAGGAUGUAUCAGUUUUCUGUUCAAUUUUGUUUUGUGAGGGGAAAAAAACCCUGAAAAAGAAAGCUCACAGUGAAGGACAAACUUUGAAUGUCCAACACAUUGUCAAUGUGAACAAUGCUUUUUCUCAUGCCGUUCUUGUUUAGGAUUGCUCAUGAUAAGAUAAGAUAGACUUUAUUGAUCCCACACUGAGGAAAUUCACUUGUUAUGGCAGCUCCAGGUACACACAACAAAUAUACAUUAGAAGAAACAGAAUUGAAAAAUACAAUAUAUAGUAGAAAUAGAAAAAAUAAGAAUAUAAAUACCCUUAUACAGAUGCUCAUGAUGCUGCAUGCCACAGGUAUACAACAGAUCUCGUAAGCAUUUUUUCCUGGAGGUGGUGGAAGUGACUCAGUUUAUUGCUGAUGACUGCAGACGCUGGCUCCCCAUCUCUUCUCAUCCUCCUGGACUUGAGUGCAGCAUUCGACACUGGACCAUCCUCUUUCACCAUCUACGUUCCACUAUCGGUCUUUCUGACUCUGUCUAUGAGUGGUUCUCAUCCUACCUCACCGGGAGAACUGAGCAUGUUUCCUUGGGAGAGGCUAAAUCCCUGACACACAUCACCUGUGGUGUCCCUCAAGGCUCAGUACUCGGCCCCAUCCUGUUUAUCCUCUACUGCUCCCCCUUGGCCACGUCAUUAGCCGGCAUGGAAUUUCAUUCCACUGCUAUGCUGAUGAUGACAACCCCCUCUGCCAUCAUCCACUCCACCUGCCUGGAGGAGAUAAGGGCGUGGAUGAAGCAAAACUUUCUGCAGCUAAACAGCUCCAAGACUGAAGCCAUCUUAGUCGGCACUCCACACCGUGUUUGGUCAUCUGACAUUAUCAGCAUCACCUUCUCUGGCCAAAACAUUCCACUUUCAACAUCAGCCACCAACCUGGGUGUUAAAAUGGACUCUCAUCUGACCUUUGAGGCUCACAUCAAACAUCUCUGCAAGACCUUCUUCUACCUCAGGAACAUUGCCAAACUCCGUCCCACACUCACUCCUGCAGAUGCAGAAAAGCUUGUCCACGCUUUUGUCUCCUCCAGGCUGGACUACUGCAAUGCGCUCCUCACCGGGAUCCCUGAAAAAAGCCUUCAGAAGCUGCAGUACAUCCAGAACAGCGCUGCUAGGAUCCUGCUGAAGGUGCGCAAACACGACCACAUCACCCCCAUCCUCAAAUCACUACACUGGCUUCCUGUCUCACUCAGGAUUGAGUACAAGGUCUCCCUCCUUACCCACCAGUGCAUCCAUGGUGAAGCCCCCUCCUACCUCAAGGAACUCCUCAUACCACAGACCUCAACACGUGACCUCUGAUCUGCCUCAGCGUAUCUCCUGAAACCUCCUAGAACCAAGCUCCGUACAAUGGGAGAUCGGGCUUUCUGCUCAGCUGCUCCCAGUCUGUGGAAUGCUCUCCCUGGCUGUGGAUGCUUUUAAACAUGGCCUUAAAACCCACCUAUUUAGGAGAGCUUUUGAUUGAACUCUUGCCAUUUUCCUUUGCCUUAUUGUUUCUGUUUUUAUUUGUCAUACUCUCUAUGUAUUUUAUUUUUUAGCACUUACUUGUUUUAUUAUGUAGCACUUUGGGGUUUGCUUAAAUACUGUAUAAAGUGCAUUACAAAUUAAAUGUAGUAUUAUUAUUAUUAAAGUUGAGUAGGUAUCUGAGGUUUGUGUGGAAAUGCUGAGCACUCGCAAGACUUGGAGUCCUACUGUUACUCAGCUGUACUUGCCCUGGGGCACUAGACAGUCAUGUUGGCCUGCGUCACGGAAAACUCGUGCCUCCGACUUCCACAGUGAUUGUGUGUGGUUACACACAAUCCAUUGAUCUGGUUACACAAAUUGUCAUCAGAAUAAUUUCCCAGCUAUUUUCCCUACCAACAAAAGGAACAAUCAGAACCAUGUAUGUCUGUGCCAAUCCCUCUUGUAGAUGCAGAGAUAUUUUGUUUGAUAAGUGAAGAAUUUGACCUGCUGGUGGUGCUAAAGGAAAAGUCAGUGGGAUUCAUCCUUUGGUCACUAUGGAUAUCUGUACUAUAUUUAAUGGCAUUCAAUAGUUGUUGAGAAAUUUCACUUAAAACCAAAUAUUUCAACCUCAUAUUGGUGCUAGACGAAAAAAUCAGAGGAUGAAGUUGGUGUGCUUCAUCCUACGGCAGGGGUCUUCAAUUAAAAUUUAAAGAGGUCCAGUUAGAGAAAAUUUCACAAAGCAAAGGUCCGGAACAUCAACUUGCGUUCUCAUUCAGUAGCCUACCAUAACUUAUAGUCUAGUUGUAUCAUAUGUUUUUAGUCAACAACUUACUGUCAAAUCAGAUACAGUUUCAACAAUAUAUUUCACAUAAAA